GGGCACAGACCAUCAACAUAAUUACUAAUCAAUAAUUGAGCAGAUACAAUAAUUCCUCACUUUUUCUGCACUAGUUUUGCUAUAAACCUUAGGUUGUUAUUCUCACUGCGCUGAAGUCAUUGUUGGAACUUAAUUGGAAUUUGGGAUGAUUCUCUCUAGCCACUUUAUCAUUAGUAGGAGCUUCUAGCUGCUGAUGGAGGUCCCAGGCAAACAACGAAAUUGAAAGGAAAGAGAGAGAUGAAGAAAAUUGGAAAGAAGGCUGUUUAUUGUGUCCACUCUUUUCUUCAAGAUAAGUUGUUCACAAGAAGAAGAAAGAAGAUGGGUUGCACAACUGCACAAGAUCAAGAAUGAAGCAUGGCUCUUCCUACACCUCCUUUACCAGAUUGGCUUGUCCAAUGGGCAACAAAGAUCUUAAAGCAAGAGCUGAACUACCUCCUGUACUAUGGAAAAAACAUUAAAGAUCUAGAAAAUCAAGUUAACAAGCUCAAGCUAGAGCGACAGAAGUUGGGUGAUAGGGUUGCAGAGGAUGAAGACCGCCAUGGGAGAGAAAUAUAUGAUGACGUGUCAAAAUGGCUGGACGGGGCUGAUACAAUCAUUGAUGCCUAUGAAAAGUUCGAAAAAGAAGAAGAAGCCCAUACGAAAUGUUUAGCUGGCUUUCCUCCUAAUUUGCCAGCAAGAUAUUUUCUUAGCAAAAAAUCAAUAGAAAUUAAAGGAAAAGCUGAGAGUCAGUUACAGAAGGCAAAGUUUGAUAUCAUAUCACGUAGUCGAGGGCCACCUUCAGUGAGUCUUGUUUUAUCAAAUGUUGAUUAUCAAAGCCUUCCUUCGAGAGUUACGGCCAUGAAAGACAUCACGAAUGCAUUGAAAGACUCGAGUGCUAGAAUGAUCGGUGUUCACGGGCCAUCUGGUGUGGGAAAGACCACUCUAGUCAUGGAAGCGGUUAACAGAGUUCAAAACGAUCAAGAAAAGCCGAAGCUCUUCGAUGUGGUGAUCAUGGCGAAUGUGACAAAAAGUCCAAACAUCCGAAAGAUUCAAGGGCAGAUUGCUGACAUGCUGUGGAUGAAACUUGACGAGGAAAGUGAAGAAGGAAGAGCAAGUCGAAUAAGAGAGAGAUUGAAGAAAGAGAAGGAGAGUACUCUUAUAAUCCUCGAUGAUCUUUACGGUAAAGUUGAUUUGAAUAUAUUGGGGAUUCCAUGGCAGAGUGGUGAUGGAAAUCAGAAGAAUCCAAAAAGAAAGAAGUCCCUUGGCUCAAGCACUCCCAAUGAGGAGACAAAGCAACAAGGCCUAGCAGAUGGUGGUGUGAUGAUGAAUUCCCAGAAGGCCUCUGAUGCUUCCUCUUCUUCUUCUUCAGCUUCAAAUUCGGUAAUAGCGUUGACAACAGAAGAGCGCUAUAAAGGGUGCAAGGUUUUGCUUAUCUCAGAGGUGAGGCAAGUGCUAAACCAAAUGGAUGUAAGGCCAAAACUAGUUGUCCCUCUGGAACUCUUGAACGAGAAGGACGCAAGGACAUUGUUCAAUAAAAUAGCAGGAAUAUGUGACAAGAGCACUGAAUUUGGAGAAUUGCCAGCUCAGAUUGUCGAAAAAUGUGAUGGAUUACCGAUGUCGUUAGUUACAACUGCAAAGGCGUUGAAAGGCCGAAGUCGGUUGGUUUGGCAGGAUACUUAUCAGAAGUUUGAAACGCAGACAAUGACAGGAACACCUGAGCAUUCUACACGGGUGAUUUACGAUCUAUUAGAAAACGAGGAGCUCAGGAUAACCUUCUUGCUUUGUGCUUGUAUGGAUAACGAUGCAUUAGUUUCAGAUCUGGUGAGAGCAUGCAUUGGAUUGGGUUUUCUUCGUGGGAUCUACACAGUAAAGGACACCAGAAGCAGAGUGCAAGUGAUGCUUAUGAAGCUUAGAGAGUCAGGGUUGUUGUCCGACAGCUAUUCGAGUGACCGUUACACGAUGCAAAAUCUUGUUCGCAAUGCGGCUUUGUCGAUAGCAUUCGAGGAGAGGCACAUGCUCAUGUUGAACAAAGUAAGAGUAGAUGAAUGGCCAGAUGAUGAUGAGCUUAGAAGGUAUGCUGCUAUUUCCUUGCGGCAUUGUGAUAUCAUUGAUGCCAUUACUAAGACAAUGACAUGUGAUAGACUUAAAAUCUUGGAAGUUAUCAAUAAUGAUCCACAAUUGAAACUUCCGAAGAAGUUCUUCGAACAAAUGAAAGAGCUCAAAGUGUUGAUCUUAACUGGCAUUAAUCUGUCACCGUCCGAUUCAUCUGUUGGUUGUUUAACCAAACUCAGAAUGCUCUGUUUAGAGCAUUGCACGCUAAGUUCAUCCAAAGAAGAAUUAAGUUUGAGUGAGGAAUUAAGCAUCAUAAAAAACCUGGAGAAUCUGAGAAUUCUUAGCUUUUCAGGGUCUAAUAUUGAUUGCUUGCCUGUUGAAUUAGGGGAUUUGUCUAAGUUGCAAACCCUAGACAUAAGUAAUUGCCCUAAACUUAAAAUCAUUCCACCCGAUGUAAUCUCACGUCUUACUUCUUUGGAGGAGUUGUACAUGAGAAAGACUCAAAUUCAAUGGCCAAAGGUUAUUAAUGGAGACGAAAAUGAUGAGAGGAAAAAUGCUAGCCUAUUAGAAUUGGGGGAAUUGAAUCAAUUGACAAAUCUUGACAUACAAAUACAAAGUGUGGACCAUUUGCCAGAGAACUUGUUCUUUGACAAGUUAUCUAGUUACAAAAUUGUCAUUGGCUCUUCGAAUAGAUAUAUGAAGAGAGAUUUCAAAAUGCCAGAAAAGCAUGAAUUGUCGAGAUUUUUGGCAAUACAUCAAAAAGGUGGCAUUCACAUUCAUUCUCGCAAGGGAAUCAAAAUGCUGUUCGAAAGAGUUGAGUAUCUUUUGCUGGGAAAACUCAAUGGUGUUCAAGAUCUGUUUUAUGAGUUGAAUUUGAAAGGUUUUCCCCAUCUCAAAUAUCUGGCCAUUCAGAAUAAUCAUGAUAUCCAAUUUCUUAUUCAUCCAAAGGACAGGGAGGAGCAUCAUGAGAAGGCUUUUGAGAAACUAGAGACUCUUGAACUCCAUAAAGUGACGCAAAUCGAGGGACUAUGCUUCUCUUCAUGUCUUCUUUCUGAGUCCUCUUUUGUAAACUUGAAAGCCAUCACAAUCAAUUUCUGUGAAAAAUUAAAGUAUCUCUUCUUGCCUUCUUUGCUUAAGCAUCUAACUGCUCUUGAGACAAUACAAAUUUUUGAUUGUGACUCUUUAAAGGAGAUUGUUCCUGUAGAGAGGCCUGAUGAAAGUGAGAUGCUUAAGCUUCCUAAAUUACACACUCUGACACUACAAUCUUUAAAAGACUUCAUUGGAUUCUAUCCCAUAUCAACAACAGAAAGCACCAAAUUCCUAUUUCAUGAAAAGGUUGAAGUUUCAGUAUUAGAGAGACUGGAGUUGAGGUCGAUCCAAAUAGAUCAAAUAUGGAAUGACCAAAGUUCUAAUUUUGGAAAUUUGAUCCAUUUGGAUGUGAGUGGUUGUCACAGUUUGAAAUAUUUGUUGCCAUUCUCAUUGGCAAAGAAUCUCAAGAAGCUUCAAAGCCUUUAUGUUAGUGAAUGCUACCAGAUGGAGAACAUCUUUCCUGAUGGACCUGUAAAAGUUGCUAAGGAUGCUACUUUUCCAAAUUUGAAGAAUAUAAAGCUGAGCAGGAUGAGCAGUUUGAGAAAGAUAUGGAAUCUUAAUGUCCCGGUUGAGAAACUGGACACACUGGUCAUUGAAAAGUGCAAUCAAUUGGUGAGUGUUUUCAGUCAUGACAUGGAGGGAAUAUUUCAAGGACUAAGCAGCUUGACAGUUACUGAUUGCAAGUCACUGGAAACUAUAUUUGACCUAACCGCCGAUCAGAACUGGUAUGCUCGUCCCUACCAAACUUUAUUGCGGGAUGUUCAUUUGGAAUCAUUACGAAAACUGGAAAGUAUAUUGAGAUGCAAGCAAGACCAAGAAGGGACACUUCAACUGAAAUCUCUGCAGAACAUAACAGUUCAUGGUUGUGGCAACUUGAAAAAUAUAUUUCCAUUUACCAUUGCUAAACACCAGCUUGAAAAUCUGCAAUGUUUAGUUGUAUCGGAAUGCUCCACAUUAAAGGAAAUUGUAGCAGUGCAAAAUGUUACCAGCGACAACAGCAGCAGCAGCGGCACAAGCAAUCCUGUUCCCUUGGUGUUUCCUGAGCUAACCUCCAUUAAAUUUUCUAAGCUACCAGAGUUCGAGAAUUUCUGUGGAGGACAUUGUGAAUUGAAGUGUGAAAAAUUAGAUGAGGUGUCUAUUGAACUUUGUGACAAGCUCGAACUAUUUAGAGAAAGCCAACUCUUGCAUGAAACAUUUCCGUCCUCUCAAGCCGCAACAUCUGCUCAAAGAAAGCCACUCUUUCAUGAAAAGGUAAUGAAUAAGUUGAGGUCGAUGCAUAUUGAGUUACAGCAUACAAGUUCGUCAAGUCACUAUCGACGAGACAAGUUAGAAGUUCUUCGCUUGUCCUGGUUAGAGGACACCAAUAUUCUAUACCGUUUCCUUCACAGCAAUCCUUAUUUGAAGAGCCUAUGGCUGGACAACUGUCGCUUUCCCAGGUUGGUGGAGCCAAAGUCUGAUGGAAUUGAAAACAUAGGAGUUGUUCCAAAGCUGAAAACCUUGAAGUUAACCAACUUACCAUCUCUCAAUAAUAUUGGCUUUGAACAAGACGCAAUUCUACAAAGAAUAGAAUCUUUGACUUUAGAGAAUUGUCCUAGUUUGGAGACUAUAGUGCCUUCAAAGGAGAGAGUAUGUUUCAAUUUCUUGACCAGUUUGGAAGUUGUAGAUUGUAAAUGUAUGAAAUAUGUAAUGCCACUAUCAACAGCUGAAAGCUUGGGUCAACUCGUCACAAUGAAGGUAACCAAUUGUGAAUCUCUGAAGGAAAUUGUAUCAGAUAAUCAUCACGGAGUUGAAGAACACAAAGAAGAGUCCAUCAUAGUUUUCAAACAAAUGAAAGCUCUAGAGCUUGUAUCUUUGAAUAAUCUUGUUAGUUUCUGCAGUUCCAAAAGUUGUUCCUUCGAGUUUCCAUCAUUGGAGAAAUUUGUGGUGAGUGCUUGCCCCAAAAUGGAAACGUUCUCUGAAAAAGAAAUCAAAACCACGCCAACAAUUAUGCAGAAAGUGUACAUUGUAGGUGAUGAAGAGAAGAGAAUCUGCUGGGAUUGUAAUUUGCAAGAUACAAUAAAAUAUAUAUACAAUAAGAAGAAAUAUUAUGAAGGUAUGGACAAAAUAAGUGUUUCCGAGCAUUUGGUACUUGCAGAAGGCUGGAAAAAUGAAAAAGCUCUUGACAGAGAUUGGUUUUACAGUUUGAAGACUUUGACGUUGGAAAGGUGUAAAUUCGAAUCAUGUGCAAUUCCAUCAUUUGUUCUUCGAUGUUUGAAGAACCUAAAGGAAUUGGAAGUGCGAAAUUGCGAAAGCAUCACAUUCAUUUUUGAAAUGAAUGACAUCAAGGGAACAUUCCAGUUGGAGAAGCUCACUCUGGAAGAGCUACCAAAUGUGACUCAUGUGUGGACCCAACAGGAUAAACAAAAGGACAGCCGCUUUCGAAAUCUGCAGCAGGUGACUGUCAAGUUUUGUAGAAAACUGAAAGCCUUGUUUCCGGUGGCCAUAGCUAGAAAUCUUAAGAUGCUUGAGCAACUUGAAGUACGUUCUUGUGAUGAGUUGCUAGAAAUUGUUGAGAAAGAUAGGAGUGGAGGUGGCAACACGGAGAUUUUUGUGUUUCCUUAUCUAAUGCAGUUGCAAUUGUAUAACUUGCCACAACUAGCUCACUUUUAUGAUGGAAAGUUCACAUUGGAGUGUCCAGAGUUAAACAAUUUGUAUCCAUUCAACUGCAACAAAUUUGAACUAUUUCAUACACCGCAAGAAAUUAGUCCUUCAACUAAUAGAUCAGCCCUUUUCUCGAAGAUAAAGGACAUUUCCAAGGUGGCAACUCUAUACAUGAGGUCGAAGGAUACUUCCGUGCUAAAGUUAUGGUUGCAGCAGUCCAGGGAUCUUGAAUAUUUAACAGGACUAAUGUUAGCAUUUGAUGAUGAUGUGAAUAAUGAGUACUCUACUUUGCCCUUUGAAAUACUUGAGAGGACACCCAUGUUACAAAGAAUGGCAAUGAUCAAUUCCACAAGCUUCAAGAAGAUAUUGUUCCCCUCUCAAAAUCCCAAGUUCCUUGAACACUUAGAGUACUUGGCCCUAAGCUGCCUAUUUGAGCUAAGCUCCAUUGGUGGGUUAGACUACUUGGCAAAGCUCCAGGAAUUAAUUGUUUGGCAUUGUCCACUUUUGAGGGCAAUAGAGCAAUAUCCUCCCAAUCUGAAAAAAUUGAAUGUGAGUGGAUGUCAUGGUUUACAGUCUUUGCUCACAUCCUCUGCAGCAAGAAGCUUAAAGCACCUUGAGGAGUUGGACGUUCAUGAUUGUAAAUCAUUGAAAGACAUAGUGCAAAAAGAGCAAGAUGAGGAAACAGCCACAGAAGAGAUCAUCUUUGAGCAGCUAAAAAGCAUAAGUCUUCAACAUUUGAGAAGCCUGGAAUGCUUUUAUCAAGGCAAUGCUGCCUUGAAGUUACCCUCUCUGGCUUGGGUGAAUAUACGGAUGUGCUCCAAGAUGACCAUCUUCUCUCAACAAUUGAGAGAUGAAGAUCCUUCAAGAAAAAUCAAAGCUUCUUUCUCCAACCCAGAUGUUUCGGUCUUCGAAUUUUCUCAAGAGGUUCUCAACGUUGUACUAGGAAAGCAGUUCUUAUAUCAGAUAUAUUUAACUCUGAAUGAUUAUCCUGAAUUGGAAGGAAAAUGGGUUGGCUCACCAGAAGUCCCAGUUGAGUGGGGUUACCCUUUUCUUGGAUUAAAAACUAUGGAGGUGGAAGGUUGUGACUUUUUAACAAAUGCAGUUCUCCCAUCUCAUUUACUUCCUCUUCUAAGUAAUUUGGAACAGCUGCAAGUGAGUAAAUGUAGACAUGUUGAGGCAAUAUUUGACGUGAAAGAUACAUCAGCAAAACAUGAUGAUCCUGUUACAUUUCGCCUGAGUAAAAUCAUUUUGAAGGAGCUUCCAACCCUGACGCAUGUUUGGAACAAUGAUCCCAAAGCAAGUCUCUUCAACUUUCCAUUUCUGGAGGCAGUUAGUGUUGAUGAAUGUAAAGGAAUAAAAAGUCUAUUUCCAGCAUCAGUUCCCAAAGAUAACCUAAAGCAAUUAGUUGUUAGAAACUGUGGGGAGUUAGAGGAGAUUGUCGCAAAAGAUGAAGCACUUGCUCAAGAUGCAAAUAACAAAGAGGCUAUUGUUCUGUUCCCCAUAUUGACCAUUCUGGUGCUAUGGGGUUUGCCAAAGUUGAGGUGCAUUUGUUCUGGAAUUGACAGUUUGUUAGAAUGGUCUGAUGACUUCAAAAGUUUGUUAGUUUUUCGUUGUCCAAUGCUCAACAUCUUUCCAGCAGUCAUUCAGAAUUCUCCAAAAUCAUAUCCUGGGGAUCAAGAUUGUUUUGCAAGUGAUCAUGACAACCAUGGCUCUGUUUCUUCACCACAAAAGGUUAUGACCUCCGAUUUGGAGAAAUUAGUGCUGACUAAGGAAGUUGUUAUAUGGAUUGAGAAAGAACAACUUCAUGUGGACUUCCAAGAAGCAAAAUACUUGGGACUGGAAAAUUUCAACGAUAAUGAGUCAGAUGUAUUUCCAGAUUGUUUAUUCCGCAAGAUGUUAGUACCGAAGUUAGUGACGAUUGAGCUAGUAGAUUGCGCCUUCAAAGAUAUAUUCCACUCAAAAAGCUCUGACCUUGAUUAUUCCAAAAUCCUCUCGCAGCUUACAACGUUGAUUCUUACCAAUCUACACAAGCUCAAUUCCAUGGGGUUUGAGCAGCCCUGGAUGGCCCCUCUUCUUGAAAACCUAAAAAGAUUAACAAUUUCGGAAUGCAACUGUUUGACAAACUUAGCAUCUUCAUCUGUAGUGUCUUUCUUCUAUCUAACUGUGCUAAGUGUAGAUAAUUGUGCUGAAUUGAAAUAUUUGUUCAAAUCUUCAACUGCCAAAAGUUUGGGUGCACUGCGAGAAUUGUCCAUUACCAAGUGUGAAUCAUUGGAGACAGUAGUGGCUCAUGAAGAGGGAGAUAAACCAGAUGAUAUGAUACUAUUAAGUAGCCUUGGUACUUUGUCUCUCGACGAGUUACCAAAACUUGAAAGCUUUUACACGGGGAAUUCAACUUUGUGUUUCCCAAAAAUGGGCAGCUCUGGAGUUUCAUUCACCAUCACUAAGUCCAAUAAGAUGAAGACUUUCUCUCAUGGUGACGUGCUGCCCAGGUUCUUGCAAGGGAAAAUAGAUGAAGAGCGUUGCUAUGGUGAAAUGAAUAGCCUUGUCCACAAACAGUUUGAGAAAGCAACUUCUGCGAACAUGACUUACACUGAUAGGCUAGAAUGCUAAUGCUCAAGAAGAAACAGCGCAGCAAAGUUAAAAUGCCGUGUCUCCAGAAUACAAUGAAAAUAUAAGUGGAUAGCACCAUCGCAGCAACUAUUAAUGGAUGGAUUUUCUUUUUUCGCUGGAGUGCAGUAGUGUGCAUGAAUAAAUUGCCUAUAUUUCUGCAAUAAGUGUGGAAGGUUGUUUUAUGAAUAAACCUAUAUUAUAGGAGACAGAUGUGUGUGGUUUUCUUUAAUUGCAGAAAGGAUUUUUCAUGAAUAAAGUUGAACCUGUAAAUUACAGGUGUGUAUGGUUUUAUUAUUUAUUAUUAUCUUUCAAGUUGCAGGAGUGUUUUCAGAAUAACAUGAUACUAUUGUACAUAUACCAGAAGUUUGUAUUGUUUCAAAACUGGAGAAGUGUCUUAAUGUCAAUAGUAAAUUUCAUGCUAGUUCCUCAA